AUGUCCCCCACUCCAGCCUUUUGGAACCUCGAGCAGCCCGGCCUAUAUUGGAAGGGCGGCCUUGUACCCCCGACCCCUAAAUGGACAAAAGAACCUUCACUCGACAUAAUCCGCCGUGUCUCUCGACAGCAUCUCCCCGUAUCGGAGGAGCAGGCAAUUGAUAUAACAUUCCUGUCAGCGGGAGUGACCAAUAAGUUAUAUACGGUUUCUUGGGAGGGUCAGCCCAAAAGUUAUGUUUUCCGCGUCUCUCUCCCAGUAGAACCAUUCUACAAAACGGAGAGCGAAGUCGCUACUAUGCGCUACGUCCGUUACAGCACUACCAUCCCUGUUCCUCGCAUCCUGGCAUACAAUUCGUCAACGGAGAACGAACUCGGGUUCGAAUGGAUAUUGAUGGAUAAGCUGCCUGGGUGCACAUUACGGGAGGUCUGGCGGGAAUGGGGCCAAGAUGAAAAGGCAUCCGUGGUGAGAGAGGUGGCAGGGUAUGUUGCGCAGCUGCGGGAGAAGUUGAGGUUCGCAUCGGAGGGGAACCUGUAUUAUCGACGGGCGAUGGAAAAGGCUGCCAAAGAGGAUAUCGACAUUCGAUAUGAGUCUGUGGGCGAGUUUUCGCAUGUCGUUAUUGGGCCAAUUGUUGCGCCGUUCUUUUUUACGGGGCGGCGCGCAAGGAUGCAGAGGAAUAGGGGCCCUUUUCAUUCGGAUCACGAAUAUAUGAUGGCGCAGAUGCAGGUGCAGGUGGAUGAUAUGGAGUUUCUAUUAAAGAGCCGGGCGGCGUCGGCGGGAGAGGGGGACGAGGAAGUAAACAGCAUCAUUGAGUUCGACGAACGUCUGGCCGCGGAUGUUCCCGAAAUCUUGGAGGCCUGCUCUUCACUUAAUUCCCUCCUCCCAUACAUCUUUCCACCUGAGCCUCCAGUCACUGAGGCUGUGUUUCAUAAUGGUCCCAACAGGACCGGAGAGAUAAGCGUGGAUUUUGAUCAUCAAUACAUAUUACACCACGCCGACCUAUCACUUACCAACAUCAUGGUAGAUCCAGACCGCUUUAGGAUCACCGGUCUUGUGGAUUGGGAGUCGGUGAAUAUCCACCCUCGCUGGGAAGAGAAGACAUACCCACAAUUUCUCACUGGCCCAGUCGUUGAGGAGAAGCCACCGCCCUUGCCACUGAGUGAAGAGGAUAAGGACAAGGAUAAGGACAAGAUACAAGAGCGCCUGGACAAUUGGGAGAAAACGAUGCUCCGACAGGUGUUUGAUGAAGAGCUUGGAUGGAUCUACAGGAGAACGAGCUUUCAGGAUUCCACACAGGAUGAGGAAUGGGCAAAGAGGAAAAGAGAGUUCAAGGAGCACCUGGAGCAGGUGGAGUUCUCGCCAGAGGCGGUAAAAAAAUGGGCGGAUGAGAUGAGGGUGAGAAUAGAAAAAGAGAGGGCAGAUACGUAA